AUGGAGGAUGUCGCCAACUUUAGUUCUCCCGCAGACGAAGUUUACUCCGCUGGUCCAGGUACUGAGGCCGCUUAUCGGGAACAUCAAAGACAACAGAACAGGUUUUGGAUGCAGAUUCAUGGAACCACUGAACAUGAACAUCCGGUACCGUGUUCCAUUUCUCCAACUUCAUCUCUGGCAAACGCGCUCAGACGUACCGAGUUGAUAAUCAUUGGACAAGAGCCUCGCCAAUAUGGCCAAGUAUUUCACCCAUACAUUGUAUCGAAGUUCUCUGCGAAUGGUAAAGAGUUUGUUCGCUUGAAGGAUAUCGUAGAAGGUCGUUACGAAGGAUUAGAACGACGGAACCAUGACGCCUUGUCUUACAAGGACGUGAGUUGCGGACGGAGGGCAUCAAAUGUUAAAAUGACUAUCAAGUUCAGGUGGCCGGCAUCCUUGUCCAAUGACGGAUAUGUCAAAUACAAUCCGCAGAGAAAUGUGAUACAUCCGAACGGGAAAGCGUACUCCGUGGGAGAAAUUGUUCAGGUGAUCGGCGAAGAGAUGCUGGUGUUUAUGAAGGACAACGGCUCAAUGUUGUUGAUUAAUCCGCAGUGGGGCUUGGCCUCGGUUCCCGACUUCGGCGACAUUGUCCUGUUGGAAUUGUGGAGAGUAUCAAAGAGCAGUUUACAGCCCCAGUUUGGGAUCCUCAGGAACCACGCCCUCAGGAUAUAA